AUGCAGGAUCAGGCGAGCGGGAACGGCGCUGGCGGCAACGGGACUUCAAGCUACGCCGAACUCCCUUACAUGGACCAGGCGAGCGGGAGCGGCGCUGGCGGCAACGGGACUACGCCGACUCCCUCACAUGGUAAGGUGCAGUUCCGAUUUCGAUUCGUUUAUAUUCCCGGAUUCUUACUUUCUUUUUCGUUGUUUUCUCUCUUAAUGCAGCACCAGGCGAGCGGGAGCGGCGCUGGCGGCAACGGGACUUCAAGCUACGCCGAACUCCCUGACAUGGUAAGGUGCAGACCAGGCGAGCGGGAGCGGCGCUGGCGGCAACGGGACUUCAAGCUACGCCGACUCCCUGACAUGGACCAGGCGAGCGGGAGCGGCGCUGGCGGCAACGGGACUUCAAGCUACGCCGAACUCCCUGACAUGGAUCAGGCGAGCGGGAACGGCGCUGGCGGCAACGGGACUUCAAGCUACGCCGAACUCCCUUACAUGGACCAGGGGAGCGGGAGCGGCGCUGGCGGAAACGGGACUUCAAGCUUCCAGGGAGUCCCUGACAUGGAUCAGGCGAGCGGGAACGGCGCUGGCGGCAACGGGACUUCAAGCUACGCCGUACUCCCUGACAUGGACCAGGCGAGCGGGAGCGGCGCUGGCGGCAACGAGACUUCAAGCUACGCUGAACUCUUUUACAUGGACGACCGGGAGCGGGAGCAAACGGCGCUGUCGGCGGCGACAAGGAAGGUCUAG